AUGAUUUGCCUGUACUGCGAUAAUCCUCGAGACAAAUGCACAUGCAAAGCACCAAUCGGAACUUGUUCGUAUUGUGGUUUGCCGUCGGAUGUUUGCAACUGUCGAGAAGACAAGGGUCACGCUCGUGACUAUGAACGAACUGCCGUAAAGCCGGAUGAGAAUCGGACGAUUCGUGUCACAAGCUGGACGCCAAAAAGGGAAAUCAGGCGGUAUUUCACGAGAAACCCUGAGGACCUUUGGUCGUUUUCCAGCGAAGAAUGUUACUGCCGUGAAAAUCCGAAGCAUCAACGCCCCGAAGAAUUACCUUAUCAACGGCUGAACAUCUUCUCCGAAGUGAUGAACGAACUGCAGCAGAAGAUGAGCGAGUCCAUAUGGUGUGCACAAUGCUGGAGGAAUCCUUGCUGUUGUAUAUCGCCGGCCGAGCAAGAUAAGAGAAAGGAAGAAAGGAAAGCCGAGAACCGUGUCAAGUAUAUAAAAGAAUCUUUUGCCUCUGAAAAUAGUUUUAUCUGAUUAAAUAGGGGUGCAUCAGGUAUCGAAAAGAAAAUUUCUAGGCACAAAGAUUUAGCUCGAUUGAAGAAGGCACAUUUCUAUUUAU